UCACUCAGAAAAUGGCCGAGAGUGUAGCCAUGAUGCAACAUAUGGAGGUCAGCUCUGGGGAAACACGAGCUGCCCUUCAGCGCACGCAGCGCUGGUACGAUGACAUGGAAUUGGCGAGCGGUAUCGUUCUGGGCCCAGUGGACAGCAGGCACUUAAUGUUGCGUGAACGGCUAGACAGGCCAUUGGUGAAAGUUUACCAACGCCACCCAGCGACCCAACUUCCUGAGGCAGCAACUCUUGUCAAGGGUAUCGGAGUGCUAAAAGACGCAAUGGCAGAAACCAAUCGAAACAUUGAAAUGUUGAAGAUUGCACGACAGCGACUAAAUGAGAACAUACAGGACAAAAAAGCUGGAAUCCGCGUCGAUUCGGGGAUAGUCCGAUUCCGCAGGCUGAAAGCACCGGCACGGAUACAUCUGGAUGAGUCAAAGCCGCUGAGCAGCAACUAAA